CCUCCCCAAAAGUACAGUAACCCCAAUCCUCUUGCCCCCUCUGUCCUGUCUAUAAAUAAGCAGCCUUCGUGCGCCACAGGAAGAUCCUCCCCCAACCUCUCCUCCCCGUGUUCGUCGUCGCUUCGUCCUGCCCACCUCGCCGACAAAGCAGAGAAUGGGGAGCAGCGAGAAGACCGUUACCGCUUAUGGUGAGUACACCUAUGCUGAGCUGGAGAGGGAGCCCUACUGGCCAAGUGAGAAGCUGAGGAUUUCAAUUACUGGGGCUGGUGGUUUCAUUGGAUCACACAUUGCUCGCCGCCUGAAGAGUGAGGGCCAUUACAUCAUCGCCUCUGACUGGAAGAAAAAUGAGCAUAUGACUGAGGACAUGUUCUGCCAUGAGUUCCACCUUGUUGACCUCAGGGUCAUGGACAACUGUCUGAAGGUUACCCAAGGCGUCGACCAUGUAUUCAAUCUUGCUGCUGAUAUGGGUGGCAUGGGGUUCAUCCAGUCAAACCACUCUGUCAUCAUGUACAACAACACCAUGAUCAGUUUCAACAUGCUUGAAGCUGCACGUAUCAAUGAUGUGAAGAGGUUCUUCUACGCCUCGAGUGCAUGCAUUUACCCUGAAUUCAAACAGCUUGACACAAAUGUGAGCUUGAAGGAAUCUGAUGCCUGGCCUGCUGAGCCUCAAGACGCCUAUGGCUUGGAGAAGCUUGCAACUGAGGAGUUGUGCAAGCACUACACCAAGGACUUUGGCAUUGAGUGCCGCGUUGGCCGUUUCCACAACAUAUAUGGUCCCUUUGGAACAUGGAAGGGUGGUCGUGAGAAGGCACCUGCUGCCUUCUGCAGAAAGGCUCAGACAUCCACCGAGAGGUUUGAGAUGUGGGGUGAUGGCCUCCAGACCCGAUCCUUCACAUUCAUUGACGAGUGUGUCGAGGGUGUUCUCAGAUUGACUAAGUCAGACUUCCGCGAGCCGGUGAACAUUGGAAGCGAUGAGAUGGUGAGCAUGAAUGAGAUGGCUGAGAUCGUCCUGAGCUUUGAGGAUAGGAAGCUGCCCAUCCACCACAUCCCUGGUCCAGAGGGGGUCCGUGGGCGCAACUCCGACAACACUCUCAUCAAGGAAAAGCUUGGGUGGGCCCCGACAAUGAAGCUCAAGGAUGGGCUUCGGUUUACGUACUUCUGGAUUAAGGAGCAGAUCGAGAAGGAGAAGACCCAGGGCAUCGACAUCGCAGGAUACGGGUCCUCCAAGGUGGUGUCGACCCAGGCGCCUGUGCAGCUGGGCUCCCUCCGUGCUGCCGACGGCAAGGAGGGCCUGUGAGUCCAUUACUCAUCACUGCGUACGGAACUGUUGGAGAUUUGGGACAGUAGAGAGAUUAUAGCAGCAAACAUACCUUUUAUCCCCUUUGGGGGUUUAGAGACCAUCGUGUUCUAUGCAGUAUUUACCACCCCCAUUAAUUUUGGUGUUAACUUGCGUGUGUGUUUACCUUGAUUAUUGUACUCGAUCCUUUAGCCCAUGAUGAUGGACAAUAAAAUUCCUUGCGUUGUUACUAUGUAUGAUACGGCUUGUUGUAAUAAGCCCUGCGCCAAUUUACUUGUCGGUGGCAUUGGCUUGGAA